UGGAGGCGGCGGGUGGUUCGCGCUGGCGGCCCGUCGCCCGUCGCCCGCCAUCAGGCACCACAGCGGUCCAUCCCCGAUACAUCCCCUCCAGGGCUGGAAGGAGCUGCCUUACGUACUGCUGCCGUCCUAGAGAGGCCACCAGGUCACUGAUGACUGAUGACUCGUGCUCAAGAGUUGAGGCUGAGACGCCGCUACCUCUCGUCACUCCUUCAACCCGCCAUCAGCAGUCCAGGACGCCUGCGCACUCGUCCUACCCAGAUGACUAUGACGAUCUGGUUUCAUUUCCGUACGUGUUCCUGCAUUUAUGGCGUGCGUCCGGCGUAAUCGUCCCUGUUGGCCCCUUGUCGUCUCUGCUCCCUCUCUCGAUUCGACUCCUACUACCGUACCGCUGGCCACAUCCGUCCUGUGGGAGUAAGCACACAGAGUCAGAGAAGGGGUGCUCGUCAGGGUUCCUACCUUGUUCACCUUGCCCUACGUUACCUGCAGCCCUUCCUUGCCUUGGGAGGUUGGCCCGUACCCCGCAGCGCUGCCUGGAAGAGCCGCCUCGCCUCGACAUCUUCCAUUUGUUGCCGCACGACACUCCCGCCCGCCGAGGUCUGCGCCUUACACACGACGUUUCUUCCGUUGUACCUACCACCUCGAUUCGUACCAUUUCCCCCUGCAGAGGCCCCGGGCACCCACCUCGCCAGCUAAAAGCGCGCUGGAACCAGACCAGACGGGGCUCUUUCUCCAGUUCCCGUCCCCCCACCCAACCAUCCAUCGCUACCACGACUCAGUCGCGCUUGUACCUCCACUUGCUCAUCGCCAACCGCCAACUCAGCCCUGCUGCUCAGCUUGUUAGGCAUCACCGACUGCUGGGCCUCGUUCCUUUUGGAGCUCAUGGCCGACCCCAGGCCCGAGCCCUCCGAAGGGGUUUCAGAGGAGAGGACGGAGCCCUUUUCACAGUCGGAGAUUGAUGCCCGAUACAACCGCAUCCGCGUCGAGGAGCCAGGCGGCCCCCUCGACAGCGAAGUCGUCCCGCUCGACGUCCUGCAGGUCGAGGACUGCCACCACCGCCAGGGCAUCCGCAUCCUCGUGCGACCUCUUACUCCCCUGCCCAACACCCGUUCCGUCAGUCCCGGGAGCGACAAUUGUCAGUGGCUCGCUCUCCGCGCCGAGGUCGCCUCGUCUGAGCAGCCCGAGCACAAGGUCCUGGCUGUGACUCAGACCUCCAAGGAUAUCAAAUUUUCCGUCAGGAUCCCCAGAGAGUCUCUGGACGAGUCGUCGCGCCCGCCCCUGUGGUGUGAGCUCUACUAUGACCCGGCUAGUGACGGCGUCGUCUUCUUCAACAGAUCAGACGUCCCCAUCACCCUGUCAAGGAUAUCCCAGACGCCGCUGGCCAGCCCACCCUCCAAUGAGAGCUAUGUCGUCAACCCGACUCUUGCGAAGACCCUCACGCCGGGGACGUGGAGGAUGAAGACCAGAGACAUUGCUGUCUUGGACUUUAGGGUCCUGGAAAAGCGCCCAGUCACGCUCUACCAACCUCCGCCGACGGUGCCGGAAGACUCGGCUUCGCAAAGCGCCAGUCUCAGUCUGAGCAAUUCCAGCGGCAAGAGGUCUCUCACCCCAGACGACGAUGGCAAGAGGGUCAAGCGCCGCAUCUCAGACGCCGAGAGGGUUGGCGACGGGGUCAUCAUGUUCCUCAGCCCUUCCGCCGAGCCACUCGUGUUCCCGCUGCCAAAGGGCCGCGAGACCAAGCAGCUGUCGGCCGCCACUGCCCACGCGUUAUUGGACGCUGAACAGGGCGACACCAUCCUCGUCCCCGGUGUAUGUGAGGUCGACGCCUACCAGCUCACCAAGCGGGAACCCAUUGCGUCGACGGCCUUGUCAGCCGUAUACAAGGCCACCCACUCGCACGUGACAGACAAAAUUGUCACAGUCAAGGUUCUCAAGACGCGGACCGCCAAUGCAAACGACAAGAAUCUCGCCCACGAGCGAAACGUUAUUCGCCAAGCCGACAUGUGGCUGCGAGAGUGCCAGAGCCAGGAGGACCUGAAGCACGACUCCAUCGUGCGCUACUAUGGAGGAGACGCCCGGUUCCUGUCCCUAUAUAUGGAGCACGUGCCGGCGCCGGAUCUGGCAUCUUCGACCCGUUGGAGGAACAGGUCGGACGAGUUCGUCGGUGGGCGCGACGACGCCGUGCGCAUCCUGCGCGACAUUGCUGGCGCCCUCAACUACGUGCACGGACGGAGGCUGGUCCACAACGACAUCAAGCCCGCCAACAUUCUGUACUCGCCCGAGCGCGGUGCUGUGCUGUGCGAUUUUGGUCUGUCGACGCUGGCGGCUAACUCGCCGACAACUGGCGGCACGCCAUACUAUGUCCCGCCCGAGUUUAUCGGAAAGAAGCUCCGCGGCCCUCCAUCGGACGUCUGGGCGUUGGGCAUCACGAUGCUCUACGUGAUGCGCAAGAUACCCUUCCCGGACAGCCGGGCGAGGCGGCAUCACCCCAAGCCGCUGUACUGGCAGAUUGGCGGCAUCAACAACCCCGGCUUACCAUAUAAGCAGCAUGGAAACGGUCAGCCGGCGGUUGCGCAGAUGCGCGACUGGCUGACGGAGAUAUUCGAGGCGCGCGAGAGGUUGAGCCCGCGCGAUCGGCUGGAGCGCCUGAUCAAGGACAUGCUGACACCGAACCCCAAUCAACGCAUCACCAUGGCCAAGGUGCUACAGGAAAUGGCCGCAGAACAAAUCACGGACGUGCGAUGAGGAGAUACCACAGCUUGGAGGGCGUCACGUGAAGUCGCAUUUUGAUCAACCUUUAUCAAUCGCAUAUUUGCCGAAAUAAGAGCAAUGCCCGGGAAUACUUUUUGAUAUUUACGAAUGAAUUUCGAAGCACACAGUGGAGGGUUUCUUUAGGACUGGACGACAAUGGUGGCUUGUCUCAUACCCUUGCUCAACGACAUAUACCAUAGAUGUACAACGCAUUGCAUUUACAUGGCUUUGCAUGAUGGAAAAGACGGGUGGGCAUUUAUAUUCAUGGCUGUGAUUAAUAGAAG